AAUAUUCGUAUUUACGUAAGAAGAUAUAACGGGCAUUCACAUAUCAGGCUUGUGACCAAGUCAGACCCACGACCAUGAACAGUUUUAUAGCUUUAUUAGCAGCGUGUUUUGUGUUUGGAGCCGAUGCCUCUACAACCGCGUCACAUGGGAACAUUCACAUUCCUACUGGCGCAGCUCUAGACAAGAUUAUUGAUGGGAGCUUUAAAAACUUCGACAACGAUCAUGACAACUUUAUCGAGAGAUACGAGUUUGAUACAUUGAUUAUUGUAGCUGAUAGUGAUAAUAACGGCUGUAUGACAAUAACAGAGUACGAAAACUUCUCUGCAGGGGGUACAGAAGUUGCCUCUAGGAUAUACAAGCAUUUUGACGUCCACAACACAAACUGCCUCAAAGUUAGUGAUGUUGCCUCAGAGUUUGCCGUCAUGGACACAGAUAAAAAUCAGAAAGUGACAAAAGAUGAAUUUAGGCAGUACUACAUCAAUUUGUUAAAUGUUCUGUUUGCCGUCACAGAUAAACCUGUUGGAUAAGCUGACAACAAAAGUGCUAAUUUACCUUACAAGAAAAUAUUGUGUCACAUACAUGUACAUUUACACAGAUUUUUGUAAAACAGAUGACAUUCUUUACCACUAUAUUGAGUGACUCAAAACAUUUCAAUUAAAAAAAUAAAUUGAAGAAAACUAA